AUGCCCGGGCGCCGGCGCCUUCCAGCGGGGUCGCGAACCGACCUCCCGCCAUUGAAAAUCAUCCGAAAGAUCCUCCUCCUUCAGACGGCCUAUUAUGUUUGCGCGAUAGUCCUUAUCCUUUUCACAACCGUCGUAUAUGGAACACCAUUCUCGCUAGACCUGGUCUUCGGGUGGGACUCUUUAAGAGGAGAUACAACGGUUGGAUGGAUGCUGGGUCUAGUCUGGAUGUUGAAUUGUAUCAUCAGUGUGAUCUUCCUCCUGCUAUUCGUCUCCCGAUCCAAACUCGUCCCCGACUUCGCAUUCACAAUCCAUUUCUUGCAUCUCAUCGCCACAACACUCUACACUCGGUCUUUGCCCGCAAACCUCCUCUGGUGGGGGCUGCAAUUCGCUAGCGCGGGUGUGAUGACUUUCCUGGGCAUGUGGGCCUGCCAACAUCGCGAACUCAAGCCCAUCAGCUUCGGUGGGAUUGGAGGUGGUAGCAAAAAUGCUGCGUCCUCGUCUCAGCAAUCGUCUGAAGAUGCUCAGGCGGAAUCCAGCUUUGGAAGGGGGAGAGGUAGGGAAAGGAGUGUUCAAGAGUAUGAAAUGGACGAUAUGAAGACCGGUGAUCGUGCCGUAUGA